GGGAUAUCUAACUUUUACAAAUCAAAAUGGCUGCCAUCGGUCGUGUGUCUGCUUUGGCGAACCUGCGAAGUUUUGCUCAAUUGCAUAAUUUCAGGAGUACAGUUUGCAGAGUGGCGGCAUCGUCAGUUUUGAAGAACGGAUGCUGUUCAGCACAAAUAGUCCGGAGUAGACAUUUCUCAUGUUUUAAAGGUGUUUCAGAGAUCCAAGUAUUUAGGCCAAGCGCAAUCCAAGGUGUCCGCCAUUAUGCCGAGCUACCCGACCUAACGUUUUCACAGAUUGAGGAGCGAGUCUUGGGAGUGCUGAAGCUUUUUGACAAAGUCAGUCCAGACAAGCUCUCCGUGGAAUGUCAUUUCCUCAACGAUCUGGGUCUAGACAGUCUAGAUGUUGUUGAAAUCAUCAUGGCGGUCGAGGAUGAAUUCGCCCUGGAGAUUCCAGACAACCAUGCAGAGAAGUUGUUCACGCCCAAAGACCUGGUAGAAUAUAUAGCAGACAAGACGGAAACGUUUGAAUAACCCUCAUAGAUUUUCAAGAAUUAAAAAAAAGUUGCAUUGCUGUUGUGUGGGAGAACCCGGGUAGAGAAGAAGCAAGGAACAUAGAGAUUGACAGGAAGAAAUGACGGCCUAGCCACGCCCACCAUGAUCCCUCCUCUUCUUUCGAAUAACAAACAUUUAUCAGAAAUGAUGUUAACAGUUGCACUAUUGACACCGGACCAAUAGACCUUAUGCGUUACAGGUGUCUCUGAGGCAAUCCUUUGGUAUUUCAAUUAAGUAACAAUGAGUACACAAAAGGUGUACUCUUGCCUAUCCACGCAAUACAAAACCAUGGCCCUCUAACUCCGCCCUAAUGCAUAAGGUCUAUGGCAUCGGGCUGCCCAACAAAUUUGAUAAACAUUGAAAUGCACUGCAGUCUAUUUUGCAGUGGCUAGUGUCUGUGUUGUGGUUGAGUCCAUCACAAGGCCAUCACCAAAUCAGGGCCCAAUUUCACGGCUCUGCUUACCACAGAAUUCCGCGCUUACGAUCACCAUUAUGUGCUAACCGCGCUAGCAGAAAAAAAUCCGCGCUUACCCUGUAAGCACGGAAUCCUCAGUUACUGUAUGUACGCAUGCGCAGAAGCCGAAAUUCCUCGCUAAUCCGUAAACAUACACUUACAGUAAGCACAUCAUUUUCUGCUACGGUAAGCAGGGAUUUUUCGCUAAGAGUAACGGUAGGCAGAGCCAAGAAAUUGAACCUCGGUCACCAAGCCACAUGGAGCAAACAAUAACUAGAGCAGUACCUUUGUCACCGUUUAUUUGAACAGCUUGCAACUUGACUUGAAACUGGAUUAUUUGUGAUGGACUCGUGAGGACUUACUCAAAUACUACUUGAACGAUCUGCCAUUAUCUACUACAGUGUAGCUCUUUGAAAAUGGCCCCGUUUCAGGAAGUGUGAGCCCAGGCAAAGACUAUUGUCAUUUGUCACAGAGACAUGAUACAUGUACUUGUAAACCGAUCCAAAGUUCAUUACUUUCCUUCCUAGAUUUGUACCGGUUAUUUUUAGCUACACAUUGAUACACGGAUGUACAUGUACAUGGUUUAUGAAGUUUUGACAUUUGUAAAUCAUGUUUGAGUUGGUUUUGUUGUCAAACAAUCUAAUCUGUGUAUUGAGAAACAUCACAUCACAUCCUUGUUUUGAUUAAGGAUAAGAACUGUGGUUAGGUUACCGUCUCAACUUUAAAACCCAAAAUGUGCUGUUUGGUCGUAAAGCCUGUAUGUUUUUUUUCCGAACUGCAUUUAAAAUGUAACAUUUUGUAGGAUUGUUAAACCUUAACUCCAUAUGGUUUGUGAAAAGACACGAGGGUUUAUCUAAGGGUUUAUCUACAGUAAUAGGCCUGAGACCUCAUGGCAUCAGGCUUUGUCUCAGUUGUGCGUUUUAAAAAGUAAUGUCACAUGGUCCAUUGAUAGACUUCAAAACAGGUUAACAAAACUGUAACAUGUGGCUAAUUUUUGUUCAUAGAUGCUGGCUGACCGUUUUCAAAAGAUCACAGUUUUGGAGUACCCUUUCGAACACAAGUUUUCUAACUUCCGGGAAGAAAUGUAAAUAAGUUUGUAAUCAUGUUUGAUUUUAUCCCAAAACUGUUUAUGUAACCGUUUAUCUGUUUUGCAAAUUAAGAAUAGGGGAAACUGUUAAACCAAAAUUUGAAUUGAGAAGAAAAAUAGGAGAGGCAAUUUGAGUGUCUUUGCUUGUACUUGAAGUAAUACAGAUCGUAUUAGAAUCGUUUAUGGGUUUUCCAAAAACAAAAACAAUUGGUUCCAUCAGGUGCCAAUUUGGGCACAAUAUUGCUUAGAAUUGAUUUUGGCUUAGCAGAACCCCUCACAUAGCACUUGAACUUGUCACCUGUUCCGGCUUCGGUAAUUACUGUUUCUAACCAAUUUUCAGCUUUUUUGGAGCUUAACGAAAUUGGUUGCUGUAAUCAUCAACAUAUCUUAGAAUACCAAUAACAUCAUUUCCCCGUCCUUCCUUAAAAUGAUUCCCAAUAUGUGUUUAACAUACCGUAGACACGUUUUACGUUUUUCAAUUAAAGAUAAAAGAGUUAUGAACAGUUUU